GGCACCGACGCGGCAAUGGGUUUAUAUAAACAAGGAACAGAAACAGGACGCACUCGAACACCGUUCUUGGAAUCGCGACUUCACUCUGAUGCCUUAAUACAAUCCCAAGCAAUCAACAGUAUUAUGGAGAUGGAAGGUACAGAUAUUUGCAUGGACAAAGAGCCAGAUCAUGUAAUAACAUAUUCCGCUGGAGGAGUUCCUCACGUUUCAUCUUGUGAAGAUAGCCUCAGUCAUCAAGAUGUCAUGGAGUCUUUUGGCGAAAUAAAUGAUAUCAGCAAUUCAGAAGAGGGAAGCGAAGCAAAGGAAUAUGAAGUGAAGGAAUGCACAAAUGAAAAAUCAAUCAAGAUUCCUGGACUGCACCUUUCAGAGAAACCUGACGAACAGCAAAAUGUGGUCUGCUUGAAUAAUGAGAAAGAGAGACGGGAGGAGAAGGUGCUACAGGAGGGAAAGAAUGAUGACAAGUCUCUUUUAACUGUGAACUCAUUGAAAUCUUCUGCUGGAAAUGCUCGUACAAGACACACUGUUCCGCAGCCAUUUGCCUUAGCAACAGAAAAGCGUGCUUCAUGUGGUACUCGACCUCCCAAUGUUAUCGCCACUGAAAAAUCUACCAAAAACAAUGUUAGGCCUGCAAAGGCCAAAUCAAAUCAGCCUGCAUCACCUAGGGUGCUGAGGAAGCCACUGCAACCUACUAACAAGAAGCAUGCUGAUGAGGAAGAUUCCUGCUCGGUAGUUUCCAUCAGUGCAGCAUCAUCUCGGGCUAUUAAGACCAGAAUUACUGUUGCAUCAGCUCCUGCAUUUAGAUGCACAGAGCGUGCAGAGAAAAGAAAGGAGUUUAAUUCGAAAUUGGAGGAAAAACUCCAGGCUCUGGUGGCUGAGAAGACUGAGUGUGAGACGAGGUCCAAGGAAGAGACCGAGGCCGCUAUCAAACAACUAAGAAAGAGUUUAUUAUUCAAAGCAAAUCCAAUGCCAAGCUUCUACCAUGAUGGGCCUCCUCCUAAGGCUGAGCUGAAAAAGCUCCCACCAACUCGUGCUAAGUCACCUAAACUUGGCCGACGUAAGGGUUCGAAUGAUGCUGUUCAUUCAUCAUAUGGAGACAAGAUAAAAGUCAGUUCUGGCAAGGGAAAUGGCCGCCGUAGCCGUACAAGCAGUUACAACAGAGAUAUUAUUGCAUUGGAUUCCAUUGGGGAUCAGAGCAAUGUCUUUCGCUUUGUAGAAAACGAGCUGAAGCAAGGAGGAGCUUUUCACGAGGUGAUUCCUACUGAUGUAAAUGGUCCAAAGAAUAUGAAUAUUUCUGUCCAGUCUUGAGUUUGUGACGAACUUCCAAGUCUCUUCUAUCAUGCUUACUAUGUCUAGCAUUUUUCAAGAGUUCAUUGCGGUGGUUUAUGUAAUUUAUGAAAUGUAAAUUUAUGUAAUUUAUAUCGUUUGAUAAUGCGGAAACAUUUUACUUCCAGAUAAAA